CGUUACGAAUUCGCGACUCUUUCAUCGCGAAUCAAAAUUGGAAAAAUAGCCACCGUAACUAAUUAGAACUGUUGAUAAAUUGUCAGCGUGAUUGCAUUGUUGGUGCAAAGAAAUAUCCGCUUCCUGGCGACUUUAAUUGGCCGCUAUCACGAUGACCACAGCUCGUGACCACCAAACCCUCCUCCACUCCAAGACGAUUCAGACAAACGCACGGACGAUUUACAUUUAGAAAGUGUUAUCUCUCCACGCAGGUGAAGCAACGCGAUGACAACUGAUUUUAAUUGUCGUACAAAUAACAGUGAUAAAGUGCGAAAAUGGCCAGGAUUUUUGCCAAGCCGGGGACUAUAGACGAGUCGGAGGAAGACGAGUUUGGGAGGUCGGACGAUGUCAAGUUUAAAAUUGGGGGUGAUUCCCCCUUGCUCACUAGGGGUUUUACCCCGCUUUCGGGGGGUGUUCCAAGCCUGGCUAGGAUCUCAACCUGUAAUAGCUCCCUCACGCACGUGCCAGGGUUCAGGCAGGAUGGCUCCAGAAAGUCCUUCCGCCCUGGAGCCGUCCGCAAAAUCCGGCGUCGAGCCGUGUUCAAAAACGGCGACUGCAACGUUCUACAAUCCCGCAUUUCAAAGCGCGGCCUCCGCUUCCUGCAGGACAUUUUCACAACCCUUGUGGACAUCCAAUGGCGUUGGACGCUCAUAAUUUUCGCGUUGGCAUUUUUCGUGUCUUGGCUCGCUUUCGCCUUAAUCUGGUGGCUGAUAAUGUUCACACAUGGGGACCUGGAGGACGAGCACUUGCCCAUGAACCAGGCCGAGUCCAACUGGACCCCGUGCGUCCUCAACAUCCACAGCUUCACCUCGUGCUAUCUCUUCAGUAUUGAGACCCAACACACCAUCGGCUAUGGUGUGAGAACCACGACUGAAGAGUGUCCUGAAGCUAUAUUUAUUAUGUCAAUGCAAAGUAUCAUCGGAAUGAUGAUUCAGGCCUUCAUGGUGGGGAUAGUUUUUGCGAAAAUGACACGCCCGAAGUUACGAACCCAAACUUUGCUUUUUUCUCGCAAUGCUGUGAUUUGCCAAAGAGAGGGUCAUUUGUGCCUCAUGUUUAGGGUUGGAGAUAUGAGGAAAAGCCACAUUAUUGGGGCCAGUAUCAGGGCACAGUUGAUAAGGGCGCGUAAAACCAAAGAAGGGGAAGUUCUGAGCAAUUAUCAAACUGAGCUGAGUGUCACAGCUGAUGGGUGUGAUAACAAUUUGUUCUUCAUUUGGCCGAUGACUAUCACACAUAAAAUCGACGAAGAGUCGCCGCUUUAUCACCUCUCGGCUAGUGAUAUGUUGCAGGAUAAGUUCGAGAUUGUGGUGAUUUUGGAAGGAACGGUCGAAAGUACGGGGCAAACGACCCAAGCCAGGUCUAGUUAUUUGGCCACUGAGAUUUUGUGGGGCCACCGCUUCGAGCCUGUCGUCUCGUACAACAAAGACCGUCAAGGCUACGAAGUGAAUUACUCGAAAUUCGAUAACACCUAUCCAGUCGACACCCCCUUGUGUUCGGGGGCCGAACUCGCCGAGUUUUACAAGUUACAAGACGUACCUGAGCCGAAGGGAUUGCCUGAUAAGAGGGUGGAGGAUCGGGUUUUGAGACCGCCUCCACCGAUUAAUAGGGACGAAGGUCCAGCAAGGACUAAUUAUUCGUAUGAGGGAUAUGACGAGGAUUUGUUGGGAGGAGUCAAUGCCAGUUACGUGUAAUUUAUUAAAAGAUUUGUUAACUUAUUGCUUGCAUAAGUUUGUCAAAUCACGUCUCGAGUGUUAUUUAUUCUGUACCUUUGAUUUUUUAGUUUUUAUUAGUUGCCACAUUAACUGUAAAAAUGUGAAAACGGAAAAAUCGCAUAAAUAAAGAAUUUUAAAAAGAAAAA